CCAGAGGUAACAGUUCUCUCUCUGUUAAGAUUUAGUUUGGUUAAGACAAGUUUUGCUUUCUGUGACUACUCUUUGGGGAGGUAGUUGUUUCUGUGAAGGAUUUCCAGAUUUCACAUAUCUGGAGGUGGCUUUUAUUUCUUCCACUACUGUGUGUCUUGUCUUGUCUGCCGACAAGACGACCUGAGGAGUCAUACUGUACAACCCACACUAGUGCUUGGUCUUUUGCUCUAGGACCAAAUCUCUCUGUGUCUCUCGUUGUGUGCUGGGACCCCUGGUGCGUGGACCUCACUCGGGUACAACUUGACUAUCUCUUGGAGGAUCCUUUUUCAGUUCCUUAUAAUCUCUGAUCGGAUAGAUAACUUUGUGGACAUCAUGGCUGAGGGUGGUGUCCCGUACCCCUCCGUGUUCAUGGUGGAUAGCCAUGCAGCCUACCCACCUCUGCCCCCCAAACCGAGACCUCCUGGUCGGGGUGGUGUGACCCAGAGCCUGCUGUUCCUGCUGGUUGGGCUGGCUCUGUGUGGCUUGGCCAUAGAGGCCUGCUUCAUCUACCACCUCUACUCCACACAGGGAUCUGCAGGGUCAGCUCGUAUGAGUAUCCAAGACCAAGAGGCCAUUCCGAAGGAAGUUCCCCCAACUUCAAGACCAAACCCUGUUGUGUUGCCUUCAAAACCUGUUGCACAUCUGACAGCUGGACCUCAAGCACCCCAUGGAGAUGGAGUCUUGGUAUGGGAUAUGCAGCCACAACCGCUCCUCCAUGAAAUGGAGUACAAAGAUGGUAAGCUUGUCAUCCAGAAGGAAGGGUACUACUACGUCUACUCUAAGGUCUUCUUCAGUGAGGUCAAUGGUGCAUUCACACAUUCGGUCUGCAAAACUACUCCACGGUACCUUGGGAAGGACAUUGAACUGCUUAAGUCCAGGAGAUAUCACCCCAAGACUGGGAAAAUGAUGUCCACAUCAAACAGCUACCUGGGAGGGGUGUUCCACUUCUUUGACGAUGACUCCAUCUUUGUCAAAGUGAAAAAUGUCACUCAAGUUCGGAUACACUAUUCCACAGAGAACGUGUUUGGUAUCUAUAUGAUAUAAUACGCCUGGGGUUGAUGAUAAAGAUACUUUUUUUUAGAUAGCUGGCUGAUUAUCAUUGGUUUAAGGCAUAAUAAUAUUGUAGGCCAAUGUACAUGUCAUUUUGCUAAGCAGGGCCUUCCCCCUUCCCGGCACACCAUCAUUUUCUGUAAACAAAUCCUUGCACCGGGAUGCAAUUUGAUGCGUGGUAAAUUUACUGUAGAAGAAAAAGCCCCUUUAUAUUAAAGCCAUAAUACAGUUGAGCUGAGGCGUUUUUAGGAUUUCCACUCAUGGGGAUUUUUUUUUAACAGGGUCGGAAAAAAAUUAGCCUUUUAAUAGCGCAUUUCAUGCAAUUCUACGUCAUUUACAUGACAGAAGACAUUAGAUUAAUCUUUUUUAAUACCACACAAAU